AUCCACAGAUCAAAGCAGCGUAUCUCCAGGAAAAAGGAAAGCCUCUGGAUGAAGCUCUGAAGAAAGCCAUUACAGGUCACCUUGAGGAAGUUGCUUUGGCUUUAAAAAACUCCAGCCCAGUUGGAUGCUGACGAACUCUGUGCUGCCAUGAAGGGUCUUGGAACUGAUGAAGCAAUGUCUCAGGCUGUGCAGACGAAUGGAACUCAACCAUUAAGCAAAACAUGGGAACUCAGUUUAUAUGAAUUACAACGAACACCUCAGGAGGCAAUAACAGAUGGCUUAGAAAUUGUGGUUUCACCUCGAAGUCUACACAGUGAAUUAAUGUGCCCAAUUUGUUUGGAUAUGUUGAAGAAUACCAUGACUACAAAGGAGUGUUUACAUCGUUUUUGUGCAGACUGCAUUAUCACAGCCCUCCGAAGUGGCAAUAAAGAAUGUCCUACAUGUCGGAAAAAGCUAGUUUCCAAAAGAUCACUGAGGCCAGACCCAAACUUUGAUGCACUCAUCAGCAAAAUUUAUCCAAGUCGUGAUGAGUACGAAGCUCAUCAAGAGCGAGUGUUAGCCAGGAUCAACAAGCACAAUAAUCAGCAAGCACUCAGUCACAGCAUUGAGGAAGGACUGAAGAUACAGGCCAUGAACAGAUUACAGCGAGGCAAGAAACAACAGAUUGAAAAUGGCAGUGGAGCAGAAGACAAUGGUGACAGUUCUCACUGUAGUAAUGCAUCCACACAUAGCAAUCAGGAAGCAGGGCCUAGUAACAAGCGGACCAAAACUUCAGAUGAUUCUGGGCUUGAGCUUGAUAACAACAAUGCAACAGUGGCAAUUGAUCCAGUAAUGGAUGGUGCUAGUGAAAUUGAGUUAGUAUUCAGGCCUCAUCCCACACUGAUGGAAAAAGAUGACAGUGCACAGACAAGAUACAUAAAGACUUCCGGUAAUGCCACUGUAGAUCACUUAUCCAAGUAUCUGGCUGUGAGGUUAGCUUUAGAAGAACUUCGAAGCAAAGGAGAAUCAAACCAGAUGAACCUUGAUACAGCCAGUGAGAAGCAGUAUACCAUUUACAUAGCAACAGCCAGUGGGCAGUUCACUGUAUUAAAUGGCUCUUUUUCUUUGGAAUUGGUCAGUGAGAAAUACUGGAAAGUGAACAAACCCAUGGAACUUUAUUAUGCACCCACAAAGGAGCACAAAUGAGCUUUUACUAAAACCAGUCUGGAGAAUGAACUUUUUUAUAGCCUAUUUCUUUAUUAUUAAAGAUGUAUCAUCAUUACUUUUAUGGACAGUA